CCUGCACUAGAAGCCAUGGCUGCUGCGAAUCCAGCAAAAACUCUCCAGGAUGAAGUGACCUGUCCCAUCUGUCUGGAGUAUUUUAAAGAUCCGGUGUCUCUAGACUGUGAUCACAAUUUCUGCCGAGCCUGCAUCACCCGGUGCUGGGGGAGAUUCGCUACAGACAUUUCCUGCCCUCAGUGCAGAGAGAUCUUUCCCCAGAGGAACCUCAGGCCAAACAGGCAGCUCCGGAAUAUUGUGGAAGCAGCCAGAGAACUCAGGUUGCAGACAGUGAAGGAACCAGAGAGACUGUGUGAGAAACACAAGGAGCCUCUAAAACUGUUUUGCAAAGAGGAUGAAAUCCCCAUCUGCCUGGUGUGUGACAGAUCCAAGCAACACAGAGAUCACACCGUGAUUCCCGCAGAGGAAGCUGCGGAAGAAUUCAAGGAACAGAUUCAGGACCAUUUGCAGACUCUGAGGGAAAAGACAGAAAAGCUGCUGGGAUGUAAAGUGAGAGGAGAGAAGAGAAUCCAGGAAUACCUGCGAAAUACACAAACCGAGAGAAAGAAGAUUGUGUCUGAAUUUCAGCAACUGCGGCGGUUCCUGGAGGAACAAGAGCGACUCCUGCUGGCCCAGCUGGAGAAGCUGGACAAGGAAGUAGUGAAGAUACAAAAAGAAAAUAUCACCAAACUCUCAGAGGAGAUUUCCCAUCUCAAUGAGCUGAUCAGUGAGAUGGAGGGGAAGUAUCAGAAGCCAGCAAAUGAAUUCCUGCAGGAUGUCAGAAGCACCCUCAGUAGCCGCAAGAAGGGGAAGUUCCAGGAACCAGAGGAGAUUUCUCCUGAACUGGAAGUGAGACUCGGUGAUUUCUCCCAGAAAACUGUUGCUCUAAUGGGGACUCUGAGGAAGUUCAAAGACACUCUGCCGUCUGCACUGGAGACUAAAAGAGGGGAAUCCGUAGGAGCACACAGACAGGUGAAUGUGACUCUGGAUCCAGACACGGCUCAGCCCCACCUCGUCCUGUCUGAGGAUCGGAAACGUGUGAGAUGGGGAGACACGCGGCAGCGACUGCCCAACAACCCUGAGAGAUUUGACUAUUUGCCCUAUGUGCUGGGCUGUGAGGGAUUCACCUCGGGGAGACAUUGCUGGGAGGUGGAUGUGGGGGGUGGGCAAUUCUGGGCUGUGGGGGUGGCCAGAGAGUCUGUGGAGAGGAAGGGAGUGAUCAACCGUAGCUCUAAGGGGGGGAUCUGGGCCCUGGAGCGGUACAGCGGUCAGUUCCGGGCUCUCACUUUCCCUGUCACCCUCCUUCCCUGGGGCUGGUUCCCCAGCAGGAUCCGGGUUUGUCUGGACUGUGACCGGGGGCAGGUGACAUUUAUCGAUGCUGGUGACGAGGCCCUGAUCUUCACUUUCCCGCUGGGCUCCAUCCCUGGCGAGAGAAUCCGACCCUGGCUCUGGGUGGGGUCAAGAUCCUGGCUCAGCCUGUGUUCCUGA